AUGGCAUUGAGAGAUGCCAACUGCUACACACUUACCGUCACCCAGUCUUCCACAGAUCCCUCGAUCAUACAGCUGUCAGAAUCGCUUGGUCAAAUCGGUAACAAGGAUGAGCCGAGGUACGCGAGGGUGAGGGAGAAGAGGGAUGAUGAAGCUUAUUCUAGUGCCAUAUACGACGUACUGACCGGCGCACGACUUGCAUCCGCCGGUUACGAAACGGAGAAAUCCAAGAAAAGGAGGUUGCAGCUACAUGGGCCGGAUGAGGAGGUACCCUUUGAAUUUACCGGGCGCCUAAAUUUCGAAUGGACUUUUACUUUUGAAGGCAAUAAAUAUCGCUGGACCCGCGAGGUAUAUGGAAAGGAUUAUAUAUGCUCGCUCGAUCGAAAGCCUGAUCCAAAAGUCGAAAUCUGCCUAGCACGAGAUGUCAGUAGUAAAGGUCCAGCACGUCUGCAGAUCCUUCAUUACAACAUCGAUCGAUUCCCCAACGAGAUACAGGAUGUACGAGGAUUAGAAACACUCCUUGUUGCUAGCUUACUAUGCCUUUUGGAUGCGGCCAACGACCGAAAUACCCUCUCGAGAUCACCAUCCAGCGGGAGUAAAUCUGCUGUGCUUUCCUCCAAGGACAAGGAUAUACCACCUGUACCGGCUAGGCCCGAGAGAGUAAUCAGUGAAGACGACUUCGAGCCCGAAAAUCCUAACGAGAUCGUUGUUUCUGCGACCAGCGAUAUAGACGAUCACAUCGCUCGGGCUAUCGCCUUAUUUGAGGAUCCACAUGUGCUGUUUAUCGUGAUACGGACCAAAAACGCGGAAGCCGCUCAAAGAGCUUUAGAGGUGUCGCUUGGCGUGAAAAGGUUCCGACAUCAUGAAGAUUUACCCGAAUUGAGCCAAUAUGUCAUCGAAGAAGAAGCAGACUCGAUACCUCCAUCAUCUACAAAAGGCAGCAAAACAGGCCUUAAAGUGAUCAGUCUUGAUGAUGAACCGCCAAAACAUAUAUCCUCUUCCAAUUCCGUGAGAGGUAAACAGAAAGUCUGGACACCGCCACCUAACAUAGCCAUCUAUCUAUCUACGAUCGAGUUGCCGGACCUGAAACCUGGUAGAAGAGAACAUCUCAGAUACGUUGCCAGUACCAGCAGUAGGCCACAAUCAUCAAAACCUACUGCCCCAUUCCCAUCCGCUCCACCACCGGUCUUACCUCCGAAAGAGCCUGCCAUCCACGCGGAUUCUUCCAAACGUACAAGCUCUUUUGGUAGGUUGUUCCGAAGUCAUUCAUAA